AUGGCACAGCCUUUAGUUACUACGGUAAUUGUCACAACCACUCUCACGGACAAGAGCCAGGGGAUCACAUUCCUAUCGAAAUUGACACCGGCACCGGUAGUAGUAUUAGAGGCCGAAUCCAACGCUAGCUCUUCGCCAACCUGCAGUCCCGCUGUCAGUGGAAACAGCCCCGAUCGUGAUUCUCAAUGCCAAACUACACCAGCACCGGCUGAAAGACGAGGCGGAGUGGCAUCUGGUGCAGCGGGCGGCAUAGCUAUCGGCUGCCUCAUCGCCGGUAUUUUUCUCGGUAUCGCCGCCGCCUUUUGCUUCUUCUCGAGGAGAAGGCAAAGACACAGAGGUCAUGGUGAUGUUACCGAAGUUGCUAUGACACCCUCCAAAGAUGCGUCCUACGCACAGGUUGGGCCAGGGAUGCAAAAGCAGGACGACGACGUUAUGCCCCAACUGAAGAACUUUCUCCUCGAUUCCCUCUCCGAUCAGGAGCUCGCCGCCGAGCUUCGCGACCGACACCACCUCAUCCAGCAACACGUCGAGAACCACUAUCACUUCCACCCCUUGGAUGCUACACGUGUAAAUCGCCAGAGCCUUGUUGCGGCCCUCUCCCAACUAGGCUUGGGCGAAGCUAGUACUGAAGGCCCCUCAGCCGAAACGAUCGUCUCAUUUGCCUUGGAUCCGAACACAAGGCAGAUAGCUCUCCAGCACGUCUUAUCCACGGUCAUAUUCACGAGCAUUGAUCCCAGCGCCCGAAGCCCGCUGUCCAUGCUUCCCCCGCCCGUUGCGGCGUUUCUGCAGUCUGUUCCCAUGGAUGAAGAGCACGGAGUAAGAAGACAGGUGCAUUCCCAAGCUUCCACCCUAGCCCUUCACUGGUGGCGUGUGCUCUCCGCCUUCUUGUUGCACCCUCAACGCAGCCAGCGGACAGCCUUGACUCCAACAGACGCGGCGCUCGCGCCCCAAGCUGCUGCCAUGGCGCAAGCGCUGAAUAGCUUCCUGAGGUACUUUGUCGAGGACUCGGACACAGCUCGGUUCCAGCAGGAAAGCCAUUUGCGGGAGGUCAUUGUCGAGUGCGCCAAGUUUGGGUACCUGCUGUUUUCACAGCCGAGUGACUGGUGUAUGUUGCACGUUGCUGGGCACGAGCAAGUGGCCGGCACAGUUCGCAGCUAUCGAGAAGGGAUAGUGUGCGCUGCUGGUCUGGUCAAGCGUACGGAUAAGGAUGGAAGGCGGCUGGGUGGAAGUGCGCAGACGAGUGGGACGUUGGUUGUUCCGCCUGUGGUUGGGUAG